UUGGCAGUUCCACCAGCGAAGCUGUUGAAGCGCAUCAUCUCUUGGUUGGUCAGUUUACUCCUGAGAGACCCCAGGAUGACGUGCACUAGUCUGAGCUCACUGACAGACUUGUGAUAUCUGACAUCGCAAAGGUGUAGUUGUGCGGACCUAAGGAGUGGACAAUGAACAGAACAAAGAAGAAUGAGGGGCUGUGUGCUGAGGGGAAGCGGCCCCCGGCUGAAGUCCCUAUAGGUUGGCAGCGGAGAAUCACCCACAGCGGGGUUGUCUACAUAAGGUAAGACCUGCUCUACCUGUAUUUAAACUAGCCUGUGAUCCCUCGUCUCCCCAAUCGGAACUUAGGCUAAUGACCUCUUUCCUUCUACAGUACCAAUUUGUCAUAUUCAAUGGUGUGUUUGUUGAACGGGUUCCCUUCAUACAGGAUUAAACAAAAUAUAUACGAAAUUUAUAAAAGGCUGUGGCAAUAGCAGGAAGUGGCAUCUAGUGGGCAAAACCUGGUACUUUCUCACUAAAUUAUGGGGGAAAAUGCAAGCGACUUCAAGGGCAAAUUUCUCUGAACAGUGGGGGAAAAAACAUCACUAAGCUCACUGUGAAUACAUUACAUAGUAUGAAUAAACAAUACUCCAAGCUGCAGCUUCAUACUACUUGUCAAACAUAGAGAACUGAUACUGUACACUGGCCGUUUGGGUGGGCUUGGUGUGGGGUUUGGGGGGUCCGUGGGUGGCUUUUGUCCAUUAAUUUGGAAUCCUCACGUCUUAGUCUUUGUUGAGAAGAGGUUUGGUCCAAAUCGGAUGUUGGGUACUAUAUGUAUUGAGUAGUUUAAGAGUCCAAGAAAUUGAAAUUGGCAACUUGGGUGCAAUCAAUUAGCUUAAUUUGUCAGGGAUCAAAUAAUCUUUAUACAAAAUAAUGUUGCAGGAAUGCUUAUCUUAUCUGUUUCUAAUUACAGAAACAAUUUCUGAUUAAUCUGGGAUGGUGGGUAUUAAUUCUCUUUCUUGUGCUUUUUGAGGUGGAACGACUCUUGUCAAAUGUCUUUUACCCUAAUAAGACUGACCACAAUAACCCCGUAGUCCAUUACCUUUUAUUGAAAGGCAGAAAAAGUCACUUCUAAGCAUUUUCUGUACCAGAGCCAGUCAAGCAUAACACCUUCAAGAGAGUCUAAUAUUGCCUCCCUCCCUCUUCAUAUGAAGUAUAUUCCCUCUCUGGUGGGAAGAUCUGGGCUACAUGGCCUUGAGGAGGAGAAGAAUGUGUGAGAACAGUGACUGUCUCAUACAGAGAAAAUUGUCCUCUGAAAAACUAUGAAAUGCUGUCGGGAGCUAUGUUUUAUGGCAACAUAAUUCCACCCACCAGCUGAUUUUCUCUCCCUUACUUUCAUUGAGUUUGAAAUUAAUGUUUUUUUUUCCUUUUGAACCAAGCCUUUUAAGCUGAUGGCACUUGUCAUUAUGAAGGUGAGCCAUUUUCAUGGUAUUGUGUUCCUCCUAUGUUUUGGGAGAUAUGCUUUUUUGCUGUGACUGACUGACACUACUUUAUCCAGGUCAUUUGAUAUAAUUUAAUGUGUAUGGUUGUGUCUGAAAUGGUACCCUAUUCCCUGUAUAGUGCACUACUUUUGACCAGAACCACUAUAGGCCUACUGUGGGAAUAGGGGGCCAUUUCAGAUGCAAACUGUCUUUAUUUAGCUAUGGUUGUGCUAUGCUGUUACAUUGGUCACUCACUGAAUCUCUCCUCUUCCACAUUCCAGUCCCAGUGGCUCAAUGCUAGCCUGUCUGGAGCAGGUGAAGAGCUACCUGCUGACUGAUGGCACCUGUAAGUGUGGCCUGGAGUGUCCUCUCAUCAUUCAUAAGGUGAGCCAGCCUGAAUGAGUUUGCUGUGUGGUGGGGCCACUCCUGGUAGAUGGGUCAUAAAGUUCAAAGGAAAAUGCACUAGACACACUACUGAACACUAACACAAUUCUUACUGUAGCCAGGACUGGAGGAGAGAGGAAGUAACACAUGUAUAGUGUAUUGAUAAGACUAGCCACACACACAGACGCUAACAUCUUUCACUCCCCUCAGAUAUUCAACUUUGACCCCGGGGCGGCUGUCAAGCAGAGGACGACUGAGGAUGCCCGAGCCGAUGCUAAUGUCACCAAGCUGUGUGUCCACAAGAGGAAGGUCAUCGCCGUGGCAACCCUGCACAGGAGCAUGGAGUCACCGCACCCCGCUCUGGCCAGUCAGGGUGGUGGCACUGGUAUGUGGAAGAAAUAUUGUAAAUCUGAGAUGCAAACUAGCUCCCUAGGAAAGAUCCAUCCAUUCAUAUGACUUAUUAAUUGAUAAUGAAGUUCAAUAUCUCAAAUAUCUGAUCACAUUCUGAAGUAGGCCUAAACACCAGUGCUUUAUGAUAUCUUGCGUAAGGGCAUAAUUUGAUGAUGAAAGCCAAUGUCACUUAAUGGCUUUUAGUCUCCAAUGGGUGUCACUUGAUAUAAUGACAUGACAAUCUGUGCAUUCUCAGCAAGUUUUGUUCUGUUUUUCCGUAUGCCAUAGAGAAAUUAAAAUGAAAGAGAAUAUCCUUAUGACGUAUUGAGACCAGCUCAGUCAGAAAUCAUCUGCUCUGUGCAUUAUUUUUACAGCACAGGACUGCAGUGCAUUGCUGCUCUGUCAGCAUUGUGUUAUAAAAGAAGCGAAAAUGUGAUGCUGUCUGAAGAACAUGCAUACACAUAUCAGCUAGAUUCAACUGUCUGCUUAGCUGCUAUUUUCUGUGUUUGCUCUAAAGAUCGGGUUUCUGUUGUCAAUUCAGCACUGUUUUUGGUUUAUUUGUUUUUGGCUUUUCUGUAAGGUCUGAAUGGACGAUGCUGAAUUAAUUGAAUAGAAUUAUCUCAUCUGAGAUGAUAAAAGUAAUUCCAAAGAUUGAUACAUGUUUGCUUUGCUUUGCAGGCACUGCACCUAUGGGUCCUAUGAGUCAUCAAGCAAUAAGGAACAAUAUGCACAAUGGUCCACCCAACUCUGUGGCUCUUGAUGGCAGGAAUCCUGACAAGACGGGAAUGUCCGUUUCUGGUCAACAUUACUAUACCCAUGAACUGGGUUCUCCCCCACAGAGGGAUCUGUACUUGGGGUACAGCAGGACAAGGCUGGGGGGCAGCGAAUACAGUAGCCAACAACGGUCACCCUAUCACAGCCGCCACAGUGUCCUGCUCAGCCCCUCCUCCUCCACCUCAUGUUGCUCACAGCAUUAUGGUGAUGGCGCUCCCUCCCCAAGGACUGAACCUCUAGGGAGUCCUGACCCCAACAUGCUUGGUUUUCAUGGAGCUUGCAGCCCAGGCUCUGCCCAUAUGAACGGUGAUCGUUUUACUGGUCUCUCACCACCCAGUAUCUUGCACCACGGCUCCCCUUUGGCCACCCAGCCCUCGUGUGCCAUGGCAGGAAGGACUAAUAUACCGAAUUCCCCUAACAUCAAUGCCAAAAGCCUCAAUAUGCAGAAGCCGUCCUGCAGCUUCCCUCACAACGACUUUCAACAUAAGCCCCAGCCUGCAUGCCACCCACAGUCACACUUUUCCCUGUCUCAGCUCCCUCCCUGCAUCCUGCAGAAAAAGCAGGUGACCUCUGAGAAGGACCCUCUUGGUAUCCUGGACCCAAUUCCAAGCAAGACUCCUAGCCAGGGUCCCUUAGUGCCAAACGUAUCUGGCCUCCAACACAAUGCCCAAUCUCAGGUACCACCAAUGAAUGUAAACAUCCCCCCUGCCAGUGUCCCUUUGCCCAGCAACCUGCCCUUGCCAACUGGGAAGUCUGGAGCUGUUGGGCAUGGCCAUAGGGUCCAGCACCACCCUACCCCCUCAUCCGCCUCAUCCUCACCUAUCAUGUCCCCAGUACAUAUGGCUGGACCUGUCCUUGCCAGGGUGGAGGAGUCACCCCACUGCUCGCGUUGCUUAUCCAGUUCUUCUGAACAUGGUAGCUUCGCUCACCCCACAGGGCUCCAGGUUCCUUGUGGGGGUUCAAAGCCACUUCCCCGGUCCUCUCAGGCCUCCUUGGGGUCCCCUCGACCUGCAAUGCCACAAAGUUCUGCAUAUAAGAUGGACAAACUCCAUCACUUGAACGAUACCCCCAACCAACUGCCAGGGGAGAUGAACAUUAGUCUAAGCAGGCAUCCAAACUCCAUGUACCAUCCAGCUCCCGGAUCUGAUAGUGUCCGUCAAAAGAAUCACUCGGUAGGUAUGCCCCAUAACCAGAUGUUAGAUCAGCAGAAUCCUGCUUCCUUCCCAGCAAGUAGUCUACUGUCAGCAGCAGCGAAAGCACAGCUAGUAAAUCAAAACAAACAUACCAACAGCACAUCGGGUGCAGGCGCAGAGGCUCACAGUGGCAGCAGUUUGGGACACCCAGGGCUGGUUGGUGGAGGCAGAGGUGGGAACCUAGAUGGACACAGCACUUUAAACCAGAGAUAUGUACCUAAUCCUGGGCCGUUGGCGAGUGAAUUUCAAAGCGGAAGAGCAGCACUAAGAGACAAACUCAUGGGUAUGGCUCAGCAGAGAGAGGCAAAUCGCAAGCGUAAACUGUCCAAUGAUGGCAGCAGUGGUGGCAUCAACAAUGACAGGGCUUUCGAUGUGCUCAAGCAUCCGAUGGGUGGCUCUGGAUCUAGUUCAUCUAGCUUUCCAGAGACUUUGAGGAGAAUGUUGCAGCAGGGUUGUUUGCCCCCAAACACCUCCAUGGCCCAGCUACUCCAGUCCUUGAGCCACCAAAGUGUCCACAAUGGGCCAAGCCAUGUGGGCCAAAGCCCGGCCAGAUCUGGCAAAUCUCCUUUCUUGGACAAAGCUUUGCCUCAGAUGUCAACUUUGCAGCAGAGCUUGCAAGGGCCUCAUCUCCAGGGCAGAGCAAAGAUCCCUGGCUUCCAGAACAUGAACAGUGAAGGUCAGAUUUCAGGCCAGGAUCUAAACAUGGAGCAGUUCAACAGGCCAAUUAACCAAAUGCAGGACCCCGCCUUAGCUGGGAACUUUAGGGUGUUGGGUUACAAUGGUGGACAACAUGCAGCCAUGGGGUCGAUGCAGGGAAACCCAAGCCCUCACCAGCAGCAGCAGUUUGGACUUCAUCAGAAACCAUCCCAGGCGCAAGGCAACCCCCACUUCAGAGGCAGGGCAGGAUUGCCUCCCAUGAUGUCCAAUGGCGGGGUCCAAGUCCUCUCUGAGUCAGGUAAGCAGCUGUUUCUUCUUGAUUUGGUUGACUAUUGUCUUGUUAUCCUAGGUGUAGCAAAAUCAUAGAUUUAUAUGAUGUUUUAAGUCAACAGUCUUUAUUUAUAUACUUUUUGUGAUAAAGCAAGGACUGCAAUGUGUGUUGUGCCCCCUUGUGGGGAACACUGGUCGUUUUUGUCUUUGUAUUGAAAAUAAUUGGAUAUAGCCAACUUUAUUACAAUGAUCCAAGAUUAUCCAUCUAGAUGUUUGGGGCCAAAAAAACAUUGUGAAUUAGGCUACUACCUUACAAAUAUGAAUAUGACCAUAUUUUUGCAUAUAACUCUUUGUCCUUGUCAUUAAAUUCAGUCUCAUGUUGUUGCUGUCUUUGUCACUUGCGCUCUUUAAGCAUCUUUCAUCAAAGCGCUGACUGCAAAACAUUUUCUGCUGCACAAACUAAAUGAAAGUGAGCUAUUUAAAGCCAGUGUGCAAGACCUCUUUAAAGGCAAAAAUGUAGUACAAGCAGGAAGACAAAAAUGUUCAGAUAUGUUUUUCUCAAAUCACACCUUUUUGUUUCUGCUUUUUUGUUCUUGUUCUAAUAUUUUUAACCCAUUUUCAGCUAAACUAAGUCAUAUUUUCAACAAUGAUUUGAGUUAAAGCCUCAGACACACCAAGGAUGUUCAUAUAUUGUCACAGCACAGAUCAGCUGCAGGAUCAGCCUCGUUAAAAAUAGUCCAGACCACAAGGUGGCAGUAGCUUUCUUAAGCGACGUUUGGCUUGUGUGUGCUGUAGAUGGCUAAUGUUAGCUAACUAGCAAACUGUGCUAAUGUUACUAGCUAGCUAGAAUUUGUAUUAAGCCCUUGUUGAUACUAGCCAGAUGGCCACAACUAGAUAACUAGUGUAGCUAGCAACAUAAUUAAAUUGAAAGGGAUUCGUUUUUGAAUUAAGCAACUGCCUGUUAGCUGCCGAGAGUCAGUUGAGUAGCUAGCUAGCUAUCUUGUGCUAACUGCCAAAUGGUGAUGCUAGUCAUUUAGCUAGCAAGCGAACUGACAUUGGCACUAUGGGAUAAUGGAGAGUGAAUUAAAGUAUUUAUUAAUCUUGCUAGAUAGCUAGCUUGGUAAAGCAAUUAGUCUUGUGUGCAAUGUGCUGCACUUAUCACCCCAUUUGUUUCAUAUGAAGUGUGUGUGAGUGCCUGGCUCAUUUAGCAAGCUAACGUUAAUGAGCAAAUGCACAUUUAUCAAACAUAACAAAAAAAAACAUUACAAAAAGUUCAAGCACAAAACUCCUCUAGAAAAAAAAUAGGUGUAUUAUGCAGCAUUAAUGUAUAAGUUAAAACAAUUCUGUUGAAAGGGGGGUGGAUUACACCGGAAAAGUGCCCUCUUUUUUUCAUUUUUCUUGUCACUCCUGUUGGCUCCCCCACAUGGAGGUUCGUGCUCUCUGAUUGGCUCAGUCAAGUUGUCAGCCACUGAGGAGCAGGUCGAUUCUACAAGUAGAAACCGCAGGUUCGUCGGUACGCAGCAGGUACGUCUUUUGUUCUAGCAAAAGAAGGAGGCCGUCAGUUUUCUCUGUGUGUCUGGCCUCUAACACCCGACUCUCCAUCUUGGCUGUUAUGAUCAUGAUAUCUUUGUUUCUCUGUAUAGGCUACAAUCCCCAGUAUAGCCUAAUUACUCUCAUUGUAUGAAAUGAGGAGCAGAGACAAAACACUCACCAAGUUGAAUUAUGCUAGGGAUUCUUCUACUUUAAAGAUUAGGCCUAGUUGCUAUCUACUUUUAUUGUAGUCAGCCUAUAGACAGUGAGCGGAGAGACCUCAGUGUUGUGGAAUGCACCUUCUUACUAUGUCCUCUGUGGUCUGCGGCCAGGCCUCUACAUUGCCAAGGGUGACAGUCUGUGACAGAGCUCCCAAGAAGAGCCACAAGCCACACGUCACUGGUUCGUGUAUCAGACAGCUGCAUGCGUCCUCUUGGCUGAUGUCGCUGUCCCUGUGUCCUCAAGCUAGCCUCUAGUAACCUACAUCCCUGCUCUUAGAGAGUGAAGGAUGGGAAGUGGGAGAGGGUCACAAACAAUGAGAGCACCAGCUCUAGUAAACAAGUAGACAUGUAAUAUUGAUCUAAUUGCUGAGAUGGGGGGUUUGCUCUUAAUGGUUUUAGGUGAUUGGGAGGGUGAGUGGGAUACAAGCUCUGCCACCAGAUUAAAAUACACUGAACAAAAAUAGAAACGCAACAUAUAAAGUGUUGGUCCCAUGUUUCAGGAGCUGAAAUAAAAGAUCCCAGAAAGUGUCCAUAGGCACAAAAAGCUUAUUUCUCUCAAAUUUGUUUGCAUCCCUGUUGGUGAGCAAUUCUCCUGUGUCAAGAUAAUCCAUCCACCUGACAGGUGUGGCAUAUCAAGAAGCUGAUUAAACAGCAUGAUCAUUACACAGAUGUGGCAAGUUUUGAGGGAGCAUGUAAUUGGCAUGCUGACUGCAGGAAUUGUCCACCAGAGCUGUUGCCAGAAAAUUGAAUGUUAAUUUCUCUACCAUAAGCUGCCUCCAAUGUCAUUUUAGAGAAUUUGGCAGUACGUCCAACCGGCCUCACAACCGCAGACCACGUGUAUCGCGUUGUGUGGGCGAGCAGUUUGCUGAUGUCAACGUUGUGAACAGAGUGCCCCAUGGUGGCGGUGGGGUUUUGGUAUGGGCAGGCAUAAGCUACGGACAACGAACACAAUUGCAUUUUAUCGAUGGCAAUUUGAAUGCACAGAAAUACUGUGACGAGAUCCUGAGGCCCAUUUUUUUUAUUAAAGGUAUCUGUGACCAACAGAUGCAUAUCUGUAUUCCCAGUCGUGAAAUCCAUAGAUUAGGGCCUAGUGAAUUUAUUUCAAUUGACUGAUUUCCUCAUAUGAACUGUAACAUCUUAGAAAUUCUUCCAUGUUGCGUUUAUUUUUGUUCAGUAUACUUAUUGUCUCUGUCAUUUAAUUUUUUUGUGAUAAGUAAUAUGCAACGGCUAGACAGUAUUUCCCCUAGGAUUUCUUUCAGCAUCGGUGGAAAGGGUAGCUAGUUUGAUUAUAUGAUGUAUAGUUGACUCCUGAUGUAUGCAAUGGCUUGGGAUUGUUGGGAAUACAGAUAGCCAACAGUAGCACAAGAAAAAGGAAAUAAUAUAUUUGAAUUGGGACUCGUGAGCUGCACUCCACUUGAAGGGAGCUUGCAUUUCCUUUGAUAUGUGCACUUAUCAGGAGUCUAAUGUAUCUAGACAGCUGAACCUUUAGUAUAGGCUAAUUACAUUAGGUGGAUCUUGUAUUUUAUGCACUUUCACAGUAAUGUCAAAAAGUCACUAGCGAGCUGCCAGAAAGUAGAGAGCACUUGCCCUUACAGUGAGAGCCACACAUCCAUAAACAUGGGAUGCAUUUCUGUUUCGAUACAGGAGCUCCACACAAAUGAUCACAUUCACUUCGUGUCCAAGCUCUGUGGAUUCAGGAAAUGUCCUCCGAAACCGUCAGUUAGCGGAUCAUGGUGGCUACUGGCUACUUUGUUGAGGUUUGUCAACCGUUUAUUUCAAUAGCAUUAGAAUCCUCAUUUUGUCACUGCUACUAUUGGCUACUUCUCCUGUUCUACACCAAAUCACUUGCUGACGGUGUUGAGGUAAUGUAUGGAUAUCCAUCUAUGGAUGGGCUUCUAGAAGUGUAUAUCCUCAUAGAUUUUUAUUGAUUUAAGAGUCAGGAGCUAUAUUUUGUCUAAAAUACCUAUAGUUGGCCUGAAGUUUGUCUGUAGUCAGGGAAGCCCAACUGAACCACAGUUGCCCACUUUGGUUUACAUUUCAACAACAUAGUUUUCUUUAUUUUCUAACUUCUCUUGUCUGUUUCAUUUUACUUAUUUGUUCAAUCAAGUCCUCACAAAUCAAGGGAAGUAAAUGGGAGUAAUCUUUGGGCUUGUUUUCUUUUUACGUCCACACUACUCUCCUUUACUGUCCCUUUGGUUUGCUUAUCUUUGAAAAAACUAAAUUAGCUUGGAGUGGUGUUGUCCUCCAUGAUCAGAUCUCCCUCUACUCCCCCUCCCUCACUUCACUUUUCAUUCUCGCACCUUUCUCACCCCUCUUGUGUUUCAUUGUAAUCUCUCACACCGCUCUCCCCUCUCUCUCUCUCUCUCUCUCUCUCUCUCUCUCUCUCUCUCUCUCUCUCUCUCUCUCUCUCUCUCUCUCUCUCUCUCUCUCUCUCUCUCUCUCUCUCUCUCUCUCUCCUCUCUCUCUCUCCCUUUGUACAGGUGAGGUCAGCAGUUCUCUGAGCUGUGAGCUGAGGCAGGCCCGAGAGGAGAGUCUUCAGUCUCUCAUCAGGAACAGCCAGGCCCAUUCACUGCAACAACAGAGACAGCAGCAGCAACAGCUUGUUCAGGGCCAGCCUCAGGGUCUGUCCCAGGAUCCGGGUCAGCACUCUAUACAGGGCCAGCAGCAGCAGCACAGGUUCCAGGGCCAAGGCUCCCAUCCUGAUGCCCCUCUCCCUGAUGAUGCCUCCUCCAUCCCCAUGAACAGCCUCCUUCGGAGCUUCCAGGUCAGACAGUCUGUUUUCUUCCAGUUCAAGCCCCACAUUUCUUUGGGUGACUUUCUGUGUAUUUGGAUGUUUGUGUGGUAGUUUAGGGAUGUUUAUUGUUGAUUACAAACUACGUUUCCAUUCAACAUUUCAUGUGGAUGAAUUACCUGACGCAUAAAAAAAGUAACCACUGGGCUGAUGUAAACAUGAAAUGCCAGGUACAAUUUAAAAAAUCCCAACAGACAAUUUGUUUGUUCGACAUGGUGGGACAUUUUUGUUGGAAACAUUUAUUAUGCGAGAAAUGGUGGUGGAAACGCCUUCAUGCGCAAAUAUUGAUAUAAUAACCAUCAUAUCGAAGUAAACUUGGAGUCACACGAUGAUAUGUUGUGUGGUCCUCCCACUACGGCUCGGGAAACCAUGCAGUUUAUUAGGCUACAGAUGAAAUAAGUUAUGAUGAACUUCACAGGUUGGUGAAUGUGCAAGGUGAUGAGCUUCAUGCUCCUUCAUGGUCCUCUGUAGCUCAGCUGGUAGAGCACGGUGCUUGUAACGCCAGGGUAGUGGGUUCGAUCCCCGGGACCACCCAUACACAAAAAUGUAUGCACGCAUGACUGUAAGUCGCUUUGGAUAAAAGCGUCUGCUAAAUGGCAUAUUAUUAUUAUUAUUAUUAUUAUUAUUAUUAUUUCCAAUAAAUAUCGAGGGUCAUAUUCUGGUGACAUGAUGAUCGAUGCUUGGCUGCCGUUUGACAAAUACAAAUAUUAUUGCAUUAUCCAUAAUAAUCUCAUCAUGUAGGUAGCCUACCUGCACUUUAUCUGCGAGGUGUUGGCUAGAGCGCACGUGCCAAUACCGGAGUGGGCAUAUUUGCUAUAUAACAGUUUUUGUGACAAAACGAUCAGUAGAGAUGAAAAUGCGAUGGAAACCCAUCUAACUUGUAUUUUUCAUCCGGUACAUGGGAAUUUAACAGCAAAAAAAUAAUAAUGUAAUGUGCACUAUGUCAUCACGCACAGCCUUUUAUCCGCAAAAAGUAUGUUUGAUGGAAACACAUCUCUGUUGUGUUUCCAUCAAAAUAUUCAAAAAUGCAUAUUUUUGAAUAUUUGCAUGAAAAUCUGUUGCAAAUCGGAUGGAAACCUAGCUACUUUCAACAUGUUUGAACCUCUCCCUCUCUUCUUGUUACAGGUGGGUUUGCCUGAGAGGAUUCCACUGCCAAACAGAACUAUGAUGAGUCGACCGGGGAUGAUGUCCAUGUCCCAACCCGGUGCCCCUUGUCUCCAGGAGGGUCAUCAAGAAUACCAGGCUGCCCAGGACCUUCACGGUGGUGGGGGAGAAGUUAUUGAUCCCAUCCACAGGCCAGCGAUGGGCACGGAUAGCAAGAGCACGUUUAAUGUCAUCACAUCAACGGGUGCUAGUGGUACCUUCGCUGCUUCUGUUGUCGGCGAGCCUGUCGACCUCUCCCAUGCUGUUAACUCUGUCAUUCAUGGCCCCCUCCGCUCAUAUCAGGAGCCAGUGCCAGAGCCCCGACACCAACCCAAGGUGGGUCGGCCCCGCAAGAAGACCCCUGAACGGAACAACAACAGCUUCUCCCCUGUUGCUAUGGAAGCUCCUAUCAGAUUCCGCUCGCCGCGACAUGGAGCCCAAAGAAGACAAUGGGACGGGCAGGCGGAGGGCCAGGAGCAGGCUGGUCUGUGGCGUAAUGACAAGCUCCUCCAACCGCUUUCCUUAGCCCAGAGCAGAAACGGCACCUACCCAGAGAGGCCCAAAGGUCAGGCCCAGGUCCACUUAGGCCCUCAGGAUCAAACAGCACUGCACUUCCCCAGUGACUUGUAUGCCCAUAUGAAUGGCAAUGGUAGAGGCCUCACCUCGGGAAGACUACAUUCCAGACACCCCAGCCUGUCCCCUGGUUCUUCCUCUGUCCCACCAGAGGGCCACUUUACCAAGGACUACAGCCACUACAACGAACAUCUGAAUGGCCAACUCAAUGGGCACCUCAAUGGGCACCACUACAAUGGGCACCUGAACGGGAGCCUGAGCGGCGAGGAGGACCUGAGGCCUGGGGACUCUCCUUCCUCCAGUGAGGGGCUCCUGCUCCACCACAGGCCCAGAACUCAGGCCCACUACCCGGGAGAUCUGCUCUGGUGCCAGGGCAAAGGCUUCCCUCCAUGGCCAGGCAAAAUGGGGAGCGUGGGGCACAUGUACUCCCCUGGGAUGGUGAAUGGCAUGCAGGGCAAGGUGAGCUUGUUGUGUACUCGGUGUUUUGGUGUGAUCAAUUAUGAUUGGUCACAUGACUACAUCAGAUAAAGAAGUGGCGGUAUCCGCCACAAUUCCAGCCUCAGUUACAACACAAUUUGACAUUAAACUGUUGCUGCUACUACUACUGUACACAUUACCAGUUUUUUUGAUGAUGGCAAAAUAAUGCUUUGUAUAAGAGGGGAGUUUAAAAAUACGUAGGCACUAGGCAUGGCAUGUCCCUGAAAUAUAUUAUAUUCCUCACAAAGAGCAUGACAGGGAGAGGGAAGAACUCCCACAGUGUUCUGCAUAAAAAAACACCCCAAUUCUGCUCUGUGGCACAGUCAAAGGCCUCGGAGACACCAAGGAAUUAACAUCAGGGUAAAACAGCAUAAUGGGUUUGACACCUUCCCAGAGGUCAUUCUACCACCAUUUUCACCUGUCUGUCGACAUCCAUUGCUUGAAUUUAUUCACUGCCUACUGUGUUUUGUUAGUUUUAUUUUCAGAGCUACUGUUCAGGAACUUCAGUGUGGGAAUCCUUGAGGGAAUGUACUUUAUUAAAUUUUUCCUGGAAUUACCCAUAUUAUUUAAGCUAACAUUGGGGCUAGGUGUUAUUUCAGUUUGGUUUCAUGCCUAGUUUGACUGUGCAGAUAAUAUACAAUAGUGGAUGAAUUUGCAAUACCCACCCCUUUUACAGGCCUGUGUGGACAGCUAUUUUAAUGAAUCUGACCCAUUGUGUUGAGUAAAUAAAAUUAAAAGCAGUUAGGAAGGAUAGGACAAGAUGCUGCCUCUUUUAAUUAGACAAUUAUUGAAUGCUCUUUGUCUUACCUGGUGUUAAAGUAACUUGCAAGUUAGUCAUUAGACAAUAAAGCUUUAUUGAAGUUGAGUCAUUAUAAUUAUGAAUUGUGAAAUAAGUCAUUGCUUGCUUUGACCUGAGUCAUUCUGCAAACUCAUUUAGAACUUCUGUUCUGUGGACAGGGUAAUGUAAUGUUGGGGCUUUUGGUUUCACUUGGCUGUGUAACUGUGCCUGUUCAGGGAAUAAUAAUGUGCCAUUUAGCAGACGCUUUUAUCAUUUGUGCAUACAUUUUACGUAUGAGUGGUCCCAGGAAUCAAACCCACUACCCUGGCGUUAAAAGCGCCAUGCUCUACCAACUAAUGAUCAACAGGUGAUGUUUUGGUUUUAUUCCCCCGGUGUUUGGUAAUGUUGUUUCUACUUGCCUUCAGGUAGAGUCAGAGAAGUUCCAGAGGACACUAACAGAGGAUCUGGAGACACUACACAAAGCAAACAAGAUAACUAGAAAGUAAAUUACCCUAGAUGAAUAUGCUAUUAUGCUUUAUUCUGUCCCUGUACAAUGUUUUUAUCAGAUGAGGGAUGAAGAUAAAGUAAUACAAAUAUGGUCUCUGCUAAAUGACUAAAAUGUAAAAUGUCUUUCUUACAGUGGUCGAAAAUGGAAUAACCACCUAGAGGCUGCUAUACAGGAGGCUAUGUGUGAGCUGGAUAAGAUGACAGGCAAUGUGAGUAUUCCGAUUCACUGUGAUUUGGUUAUUGUGUGUCCUGUACACACCUCUUUAGACAUGACCUUUGGGUGCCCAAACGUGUGUGAGCCUCUCAUUAUGUCUACAGUCUAUCUAAAGAUGGUGUUCCAUCACCCCCCCCCCCCCCCCCCCCCCCCCACCCCCACACAUUUCUUUGGUGCACCAGAUGUCACAGAGAGACCGACAAGUCAAGACCACUAAACCCAAAAGGAGGAAGAUCUCCAGAUGACAGUAAAUGUGUGGAUCCGUUACUUUAGUGUCCUGCUGGGUAGCGGUCCAUCUAGCCAAUGGGUCUCGUGUAGCCGAUGUGGAAUCGCUAGCUAGUGUGUGCAAUAGUAGCGACCAUUGUCUAGUCUGUUGCAUCAGCUUGGUACUUAGUCCAACUGGAUUAGUGCUACAAUCAGAGUCAACACUCCUUCCACCUUGACCACCACCAAGACACUGACAGUGAAGAAAGUACAAGAAAAGAUGGAGGAACAUAGCUGCAAAAUAAUAGCUGUGAUAUAUCCACAGCUAGCUUGUCCUUAUGGAAAAUGAGAUUCUACAUAUAAGGAAAUAGUUGGUCCAAAUAUUUCUGAGGCAUUUUAGAUUAUGCAUUAUAUUCGGUGGUUAAUUGUAUAUAUUGUUCAGUAUUAUCAUCGAUGAGUCGACUUAAUGCUAAUUUUCUUAUGUACAUAUGAAUACAAAACUAUAUAUGGUUCUCCUAAUGUUUUUAUUUUUCACAAAACGGUGCGGCCAGAGCUUUCAUUUUUCAAAAGAAAAGCAGCAAAAAGGCAUUUCUAAUACAGAUCUAUUGAAACAUGCUGUUAAGCAUUGAACAGCUGAAGGAUUAUGAUGUUGAACUUCAAUAGACACUAUUCUCAUUUGCAUGCAGCCAGUAAGGAUGAUCUUGUCCUGCUGGGAAGGCAUAUAGAGUGAGUCCCAAGAAAAGGAAAUUGGAAGACUUGAAGAUAGACCCACCGUAUAUCCUUUAUCUGAAUAUAGAAGGACAUGCAAAUACUUUCUCUUUCUCUUACAUUUCCUUUUUCUUUGUUCUUGUUUUUGUUUUUGUCCAUGUUAUCCAAGAAAAGAAAAAGCCAUCAAGGGAAGGAGUCUGAAAUAUGCCUCUAAGUUACAUUAUUUGUACUCCCAAAGUAAAAUGUAUUUUCUCUGAAUAUUUUUGAUAAACAGAAGAUCUGUGUUAUAUCUGCAAAAUGACUUUGACAGUAUGUGUUUGUUCAUGUAAUUUAAAAAAAAGUUAUUGUAAAGUAUAAACUAAUUUGUGUGGUAUACAGU